GCGAGAAGGAAAGCGAACUUCAAACAUCGGUGAUAUAAGACAGUGUUGAAAAGUUGAAAAGAAAAUAGAAAAGGAAAGAAGAAGAAAGCGAACUUGUAUACCGGUGAGUGCAACUUUUCAUUCUGUGAAAACGAGCCGUAUGAUUCUGUCAGUGACGAUGUGAAUUGAGGUUAAUCCUCGCAGAAGCUUCGUGAAAACCAGCGAUAUCGCCGAUAUAUCCGACGCACGAUAAAGAGGUUCCAUAUCUUGUGCACCAUGCAUAAAAACGGACCUCCACCACCUUAUGAACCACCUCCAUACGCACCACCAGCUUAUUCUCAAACUGUAGGAGGUGUUCCACCUGCUAGUCCAUUUACACCUGCACAGACAUAUGCAAAUGGGCCUACUAUAGUUACAACCAUUGUGCCUCUUGGGCCAGGACCCACACAUACAAUUUGUCCACAUUGUCAUGCUGAGAUUGAUACAUCAACAAAAACAGAACCUGGCAUGGUUGCUUAUAUAUCAGGAGUCAUUAUAGCUUUGUUGGGAUGCUGGUUGGGCUGCUGCUUAAUUCCUUGUUGCAUCGAUGAGUGCAUGGAUGUUCACCACAAUUGUCCAAACUGUAAAGCUUACUUGGGACGUCAUAGGAGAUAAAGAAGCAAAUUGCCGUUAGCGUCCAUCGCAUUUGUAUGUUGGGAUAAAUAUCUGCGACGCUACAAUUCCGAAUGGAUGUACCGAGCUUGACCUGGAACGUGUACAGUUUGGAAAUAAUUCUCUGUGAGAGAAUAAUCUCCGCAAGUUGCAGUUUUACGCGGAUCUGAGCUAGAUCCUUAUAACGAACAAUGCAGCUGUUCAAAUAGUAUAAUAUUUCUCUAUACCGUCGUUCUCUAUAUAUUUACUAUAAUCUCUGCACGAAAUUUGAUAUAACCUUUUGCACAUCUCUUUGUAAAAAUAUUUAUUAUGCUUUUGCAUAAAAGGCUGACGCGAUUUUUUCCAUAUUGCAAUACGUGCAGGAUCUUCGGCAGCGUGAAGCAUGUUUACCUCUCGAGGCUUGCGUAUAUAUAUAUAUAUAUAUAUGUAUAUCCGACCGUUAGGAAAGAACGUGUUGACAAGUCGUGCUUCCAUAUUUAAAAGUGUGCAAUUUUUAUUUUUUAAUUACGUCAAUGUCGCGAGUGCACGACAGAUUGUUGGCAGCAUCAAUUUAAAAAACUUGAUCUUCUACAAUUUAAAUUUAUAUGCGUUGAUUCUCGAUCGGUCGUUAUCGUCGUUUACCCCUUACGUUGGCGUUUAAUCGAUGCUCGCGUGAACGUAAUUGUUUAUUUGAGUUGACUUACAAAGUAAAUAGAGACAUACAUUAUAUUAUGUGCCUGAGUCUAGAAAAUCUUGGCUUGUAAAAUAGAAUGUUUGGGAGACAUGAUUCCAACAUACGGGGUCAACGCUCGUGGCGUGAUGUUAAGAUCGGUUAGACACGGGUGAGCAUCAAUAUACGCGCAGCUGUUAUUAUUUUUUUGUAUCUCCUAUAGAGUUAAAAAAUGAAUCUCCAUGAUAUAAAGUCUGUAUCGGGCUCGGUUACAAUACACUGUUUGCACAUAUUUCUCCGAGCCACUGUUCACGAGUUCAUAUGAUAAUCGGUUAUGGUAGAAGCUGAUAGUAUGCGAUGUAAAUAGUAACGCUUUAUUAUACUCUUACCGUAUAGAUAAAAGGAUAAUAAAAAUAUUUGCAUUUUUCUUGAAUCCUCCGUUGCAGUUGUGAUUUCGGGUGUCUCAUAUACUGUCAAUUUGGUGUUUUUAUAACCGAUUACCGCACAAGCUCAUGAAUAAUGGUUUGCGGUCGUCAUGAUCUGAUUAAUUUUUCAUCAGGGAAAAAUACGUGCCGUUGUGUAAACGAGUGUACAAUGUAUUAAGUAAUCCAAGUGAGCCGUCCAGCUUUAUAAGGCAGUUAAAUGGUGCCAUCUGUAAUCUUAAUGUCGAUUGCUUGAGCGUAACCGACAAUGGCGCUCAAACUUUUACAUUUUAUACAUUAAUAAGUUAAUUUAAUUGUUUGAAGCUUGGCAAUUCAUAAAACUUAUCAUGCUCGCUUAUAUUAAAGAUAAAAAGAAGAAAUAUAUAUGUAUAUACACGUACAAUUUUAUAUUAUACGAGUAUAAAACACUGUGGUAGCGUUGGAAUAAUACUUUAAUACGCGCGAGACAGUGGGAUUGAAAUAUCGUUCGUUGAAUGAUAAAUUUGAUAUUAUCUUGAGAAAUUUAUGCAAGCUGAUAUUAUUACGAAAAGCUACCGACGCACCGCGUCAAACAUCGUGCGCAUCAAAUCGAAUCUAAAUUGCAACGAGAAUAAGCACUUUUACUCGUUUUGACCUCAUGUGCUCUUACUACAAGAUAUUUCUAUUUUGUUAAAUAUGUAAAAGAUUGUAACAAAUAAACGAAUACGAUACACAA